GCCCACAGGCCCCACUUCAGACUUCAACACGCAUCAGGGAGCAAAGAGGCGGCCAGUCCCAGGGACCACAGAAGGUACUGCGUGUCCCGCAUCAUGCCCGCCCCUCUCCACAGGACCCACUCACCUCCCUCCCAGCUACUGGUGUUGCUGCUUGUCCUCUCAGGAACCUCUGAGCAGGGCAACGGAAAUGAGUGGGAGGUGCUGCAACCCAAGGGUCCCAUGCUAGUGGCAGAAGGUGAGACACUCCUACUGAGGUGCACCGUGACCGGCUCGUGCAUUGAUGCCAGGGUAAAAUGGGUCAAGGUGAGCAAUCAGACCCAGCAGGAGAUUUACACCUUCAAACAUGGCUUCUUCCCUGGGGUGACACCCAUGAUCCAACAGACUUUGGAGCCACUUAAUUGUGACUAUUCCAUCUACAUCCAUAAUGUCACCAGGAAGGAGGCAGGAACCUACCACUGCGUGAGGUUUGAUGGCUCACGUGAGCACUCAGAAACGCGGCUGGAUGAGGGCACAUCGGUGCUGGUGAAGGGAGCUGGAGACCCACAGCCAAGCCUCUGGAUCAUCCAGCCCCAGGAGCUGGUGUUGGCGACCCCUGGAGACACCGUUUUCCUGAACUGCACAGUGGUGGGAGAUGGCCCUUCCGGACCCAUCAGGUGGUUUCGGGGGACUGGUGUGAGUCGGGAAGCCAUUUACAACUUCCAAGGCAUCUCCCAGCCCAAUGUGACUGCGGUCCAGGCCUCCAGCAGUGAUUUCAGCAUUCUUCUGCAAGGUGUUUCCACGGACUAUACAGGCACCUACUACUGUGUAAAGUUUCAGAGGAAGCCCAUCAGGCAAUACCUAUCAGGACAGGGAACCAGGCUGAGAGUGAACGGUAGAAACUGGCAGACUCAUCUGGGUGACCCCAAGCUCCAAGCACAGGGCUCAGAAAAUGGUGGGACAGAAAGAAAAUGGAAUUCAAGACCACCUCUCUUCCUUGCAGCAAAGCCCACUUCUCCCCAAAAGACAGAAGUCAUCGAUCAACCUGCAGCAGGGAGAUUUCUGUCAGACCUCCUGUCUUUGCUCACAGUUGUGGUCCUGGGACUGAAGGCCGUGACCUUGGCUGCACUCCUGCUUGCCCUGGCUGCCUGCUGGAAAAGAAGCCCUGGGCAAGAAAAUGACAAAACCCCACACCCAGCAAAGCUAUGCUCAUUUUAGCAAGGGGCAUGGGGCAUGGGUGAGGGGUCAGCUCCAGAGUGGUCCUCUGAAUCGAAGAGGGGCUAGGACUCUCCAACCAUUUCUCUGCCUCCAAUCCCAGCCUUCAGAUGUCCCCCAGGACUCAUGACACACUCCAGAAUGCCCACACCUGGUUUUGGUUCACCUGGUAAAAUCUCCCUCUUGGCACAGGGCUCCCCUCUGAUGUGCCUUUCUUUUUCUUCUCAGCCUGUCCAGGACCUCCUUGUCCUUCAAGGCCUUGUCCAGGUCUCUUCUCAAGGCCCUUGCUCCUGCUGCAUUCCCUUCUGAAGGGCCCUCCCUUUCUUUCCAACUCCACAUUUUUGCAGCCUUCAGGAUCUGACUCAGACUGCCCAGAAGGCAUCCCUGAGGGUGUGUGAGCUCACCCAGCCACACGACCUGUGCCCUCCAUUUACACCCGUCUCUCCCCUUUCCUGCCUCUUUUUAUUCCCCACAGUGUCUGGCCUGGGCGGCUGUAACAGCUAGAAUACAGGUUUGCCAAUUUAACAAAACUCAUAAAUAACAGAGGUUGAAACCAAAACAAAGUUGGUUUCUUCAGUAAUGUCCAAGCAUAAGCAGACCAGGCAAAACAGCUGCUUCCUGGUACCAAAACCAAGGAUUCUUUGAUCAUGUCCCUACCAGGUCCACAUCCCAGGCAGCAAGACCAGGGAAAAGGCAAUGAAGGGGAGCCUGAUGUGCUCCUUCAAGGACACAGCUAAGAAUUUGCCCACCUCACCUCUAAUUGGCUGGAAUGUGUCACAUGGUCAUACCUUGCUGCAAGGAAGGCUGGGACAUGUAGUUUUUAUCUGGCAGUAAUGUCCCCAGCUGAAAAUUUUUACUAGAGAAACAAAGGUGACUAUCAGUAGAUACUGGAACCGGUAAUUUCCACCCCAAUACCUCAGUGGCAUAGAUGCAGCCUCUUCCUUGCUCUGCGCAACACCUGAACUCAGUUCUCAGCUGAAACAGUACUUUUGUGUCACCUCUUGCAGCAGGGCAGCAUGAUGGAGUGCAGUCAUUCUCAGAAAGAGGGGAUUUUGCCAUCCAGGGGCAUUUGGCAAUGUCUAGAGACAUUUUGGUUGUCAUGAAUUGGGGGUGCCAUCACCAUGUAGCGGUUAGAGGUGAGGGAUGCUGCUGCAUAUACUAGUACGACGCACAGGACAGCCCCCACAGCAGAGUCAUCUGGCCCAAAGUAUCAGCUGUGUCCCGGUUGUGAAGCCCUGAUGUAGGGAAGCAUGCAUUCCCUGGAGUCACACACAGGUGACUGCUAGUCCUGAAGCCCCCACCCCUCCCUGUGCACCCUUAGUGACUAAUCAGUCACUUCACCCAGUGAAACUCGAAGGAUAACACGUAGACUCCUCUGCGCUGUAUAAGAACCAGCUUAAUUCAGCAUUCGCUGGGGACUCACUGUGCGUCGUAUUCACCGUGCAGGCUCAGGACAUGUGAGCCCCCUUUCCUUUUCUCUUUCCACUUGAACAUUUAUUGGCACCUACUGUGUGGGGAAGUGAGUUAGUGUAGAAGUUUCUCAUCAUAACAACAGAAAAGCAGGUUGAGCAAGCCUAAGAUAAUGAGGACACUAAUUUAGUCUAAGAAUCAUCGAAUUACCAGACACUAGAAAGCACAGACAUGGUAGGCUAAGUAAUAUCUCACACACAGACAUCACCCCCCCCCCCAAAGGUAUCCACAUCCUAAUUCCUGGAGCCUGGGAAUUUUACCUUACGUGGGAAAAAAGGACUUUGCAGCUUUUCAUGGCACUUUAAAAUGGUACUUUAUACACAUACAUGUAUCAGUCCCAACCUUACUGUUUGGGCUCGACAUUGGAGAUGUGAUGAAGGACCUUGAGGUGCACCUGGCUGGUUGUGGCCCAGUGGAUUGAGUACCAACCUGCAAACCAAAGGGUUGCAGAUUCAAUUCCCAGUCAGGGCACAUACCUGGGUUGCAGGCCAGGUCCCCAGUUGUAGGGGUGGGAGAGGCAACCACACAUUGAAUUUUCUCUCCCUCUCUAUCUCCCUCCUUUUCCCUCUCUCUAAAGAUAAAUAAAUAAAAUCUUUUUUAAAAGGAUCUUGAGAUGCAGCAGGUAUCCUGGAUUACCCAGGUAGCCCCUAAAUGCAAUCACAAGUAUCCUGAUGAGGUAGAGUCACGGGGAGACUUGACACAGAAGAAGAGAAGGAAGCAAUGUGACCUCAAAGGCAGAGGUGACAGCCACAAGUUAAAGAUUGCCAGCAGCCGGCAGAAACUGGGAGAAGUGAGGAACAGAUCCCCCAGCGCCUCUGGAGGGAGCGUGGGCCGCUGACACCUGGAUUCCAGCCUCGAGGCACUGAUUUCAGACUUGGGGUCUCCAGACCUAUGAGAGAAUAAAUGUCUGUUGUUUUAAA